CAUUCAGGGUAUCUCAACCCUUCGACUCAGCCUGACUACACUUCCUUUUAUUCUCCCUCUCUCUACUCUUAACUCUCAACACAACAUACAACAGUCAAUACACACUGAAUGAACUCUCGAUAAAACAACAAAAUGCCCUCCAAGUUUGUUGAAAUCUUCCCUGAAGAUGACAACCCCGGCGCCUCUCCUAAGCACAUGUCCUCCUUCGACGUCCGCCUCGAAGAUGUCCUAGCACACCACGAGGCCUCGAUAGGUUUCCGGUCACGCUCCUCCACAUUCUCCUCCAGCAAAGCCAGUCUAGUCGACAAAAUGCCAACCUACGCAUCGUCGUCAACUAUCUUCUCCUCAUCAACAUCUGCACCGUCAAGUUCGUCGUCGGGGUCGUCAGCAUCGGGGCCAACAUCAGCAACAUCUUCGCCCCCAAACACCUCCUCGUCACGGUGGAAACGCCUCAGCAAUACUAUUCUCGGCUCGCGGCGUGCGUCGUGACUGUUUACCUUGCCUGUUACCUGCCUGCUUGCAUUGUGCAUACAUAUAUAUAUUUGUAUAUAUGCGCGCCUUACGAUCUGACGAGUCAAUAUGUUGCUGUAUAGAGACACGCAUACACAUACA